AUGAAAUCUCUAGAAUCAAACCUAAUUUGCAUUGAUAAAGAUUGUAAAUUCAAUAGAGUUAUAACAAAUUGGAAUGAGUUAUAGAAUCAUUUUCAAUAUCAACACAAAGUUUAUACUUAAGAAAAGUUCGAGAAGAAAGUUAAUAUCAAGUUGAAAGAAAACAACCAGAAGCUUAAAGUGUCAAUAGAGUAAAAUAUAUCUGAGUAUAUUGCAAAAGAAGAGUAAUCAAUUAACUAAAGAAUUAAGUCUCUAUUUUAACUUUUUUAAAAUCAUUCAAUAAUUGAAUUUGUACAUUUGCAAGAGUAAAUUAUAAAUAAUGAGUAAAUAGAAAGCUUAUCUUCUAACAAUUAAAAUGACAGGAAUCUCAAAAAGUAUAUAGAAAUAUAUUAUAAUCAAUCUGGAUAAUCUAACUAAUCUUUAGUUAAUACAUUUUUAGAAGGAGUUAAAUAUAAAUUGAAUACAAUUACCGAUGAAAUAUUGAAUUUUAUUGAUAAGUUAGAGCUAAACCAUAAAUAAGAAAGUUAAUAUUCUUACAAUGAUGCCCGAAAACCAUAGUAAGAGGACUUUUUUUACUAAAACAAUAUGUAAUUUAAUUUCAACUCUAAUUAAACAUAUCAAAAUUAAUACGAUUACAAAUACGUACAAUAACAAGAGAAUACAGAUAUGCAUUAAUUUCAAUAAGAAGAUCCAUAAAAUAAACCCUUAAGAUGGUAUAAAGGCCCCUCAAACUAAUAAUAAAGACCAUAAUUAUAUGCUUGGGAAUAAUCAUAGAAAGACUACCAAUAAGGAUUAUAAUUAUAAUAAGAAUAAUAAUAAAAACUUGAGUAAAUUUACAAUACUAAAACCGAAGCCAUUAAUGAUAAUUAAGAUAGAAUUUAAUUUUUAUUUCCAUCUGAAACUACUUAAAUUAAAUAAAGUAAUCCUCAGAAGAUAAAAGUAAUUGAUACUUAAGAUUUAAACUAAGAGAAACAAGAUAGGCCAAAUGUUGUUGAGUUAUCUCAAAAUAAGGUGAAAGAAAUAUAGGUUGAUCAAUCAUCUCAAAGAACAAAAAUGGUGGGCAAGAAGUUUGAUAUAACAAACUCUGAUAAACACUUAAAAUAUUCAUAGAGGUUCACAUAAUUCUCAUGUAUUUAAUAAGGAGUAGCCUUGGUAGAAGGUGCUUUUACAUUAAAUGAUAAUGCAAAGGUCAAAUUUAGAUUUUCAGAACCAUUUGAGAAAAUUCUUACAGCCUCAAUUGGAAUGUAAAACGUUGAUGAUUAGGGUAAAAAACUAGGAACCUACAAUCUCUAUUUGGAGUAAUCUGGAAUGUUGUAUAAAAAUGAAAAAGCAAGGCAAGGAUCAUUGAAAAUAGAAUUAAACUAGGAGUACAUCUUGUAAUACAGGGCUGAGAAAAGACUGUUGUCAUUCAGAAAAUAAGAACUUUCAGAAUACCUUCACAUUGAGGGAAGUACCUCUGGAAGCUUUAAAUUUUAUGUUAAGUUAUAUGGAUUGAAAGUUUCGAUAAUUAAAUGA